UAUUUUAUCAUUAAUGAAAGCAACCACGUAAAGUAUUUUAUCCCUCCUGAAACAUUUGUUUAUUAUUAUCGAAUCGAAUUCGAAUUUAUUGCUUCAUACACACACACACACACAAUUUCACCUAUACACUCAUAGCACACCCAUUCAAAUAUAAAUAAAGACAAACACACACAAGACACAAUGGAACCCGAAGCUUGGGCUAAGGCUCGAGAAUCUUUAGCCAAAGUAAAUGGCGUAGCUACUAUUGCUUCACAAUCACCUGCUUAUCAACAGCUCCAACAAGCUUAUUAUGGUUGGUCGAAUGUUUACAAUACUCCCCCUUAUUGGAAUCAACAGGGAUCUUAUCAGCCGCAGCAAUCAUCAACUAUUUAUCCACAACAGCAAUCAUGGCCAAAUUAUUCAUAUGGAAUGGCUAAUCAAGCUGGAGCUACACAUGUUAAUACAAUGAUGAGUCAUCAGCCAAUGAUGACGCCUCAAGCACCUAUGCCACCACCACAACCAACACUUUCUACACCAACUUUACAUGCCACGCCAUUAGUAAAUAAUAAUAAUAAUAUUAAUAAUUGUCCUUAUUCAUCACCAUCAAGGCCGCCAUCAUCAACGCCAUCGAUUAGUAACACUAAUAUGAGUAAUAGUAACAAUAAUAAUUUCAUCAGGUUUAAAUUACAAAAUCCAACAAAUCAACAACAGCAGCAACAACAAAAACAAAUUCAUCAUUCAACAUCAUCAGGGUUUAGUUUUGGUGCGAAAAAUCAGAUUCAGCAUAACAAUAUGAUAUCAGAUAAUGAUAAUCAGAAUAAUAAUGAAGGAGAUAAGUCGCGAAAUUUAGGUUUAUUAGGAUCAUCAUCAAAAUCAUCACAAAAAUCAACGGAAAUGAAGUCAUCAAGCAAUGAUUUUCCACCAGAUCUACAGGAUUAUGUUAAUAGAGCAUUCGCUUUAUCGAACAAUGACCUGGAUAAAGAUCGUAUUGAAAUUAUUUUGAAAGGCAAAUUGACAUUGGCAUUAAAGAAUGGCACUCUUUAUUCGAAAGAUUGGAAAAAGGAACCAUUACCAUUGUUGAAUCAAUCGGGUGAUGGUAACAAAAAUAAAUCAUCGGCUAAUACGAAAAAUCUAUCGAAACCGUUAUCAGGGGAUUCGUAUAAAUAUAAAGGAUAUUUUUCCAGUCCGGAAAAAAGCCCAACAUUAUCAUCAUCAUCGAGUAGCAGUAACAAUGAGGAUGAUAGAUUUCAUAAUGGUUCGGGAGGUAGGCAUCAUUCUUCAUUCGAAGACAAUCGUAAUAAUUCGACGAAAUCAAUUGGUAAUAAAAAAUUGACAAAAAAUGAUAAAAAGAACAAGAAUAAAAAUAAUGAGGAUUUCAUUCCACUUAUUGAAUCAAUUAACAACAAUGGUAGUGGCAAGAAGAAUAGGCGGGGAAAAAAACGAAAAAAUCGACAACAAAUGAAUAAAAAAGGAAAAAAGAGUAAUAAGAAAUCACCAUUCUGGAAUGAUUUUGUUGAUGAUGAUGAUGGUAGUGAUGAUGAUCGUGAUAAUGACUUUGAUGAUGAUGAUGAAAAUUCAAUUACUAAACCAACAUCGUCAGAUAUAUUUAGCAAGGAAAAUGUUGCAAAACGAAAAGCUAGAUUUGAAGAUUCAAUCAAUAUUCAAUCAUCAAUCAAAACAAAUUCGUUUAAAAAGUCAAAUACUCGUGAAGUUGUUAGGUUUAAAAGUAAUCCACGUUCGUCAUCAGCAUCUUUUUCAUUUGAUUGUGAAGGUUUUGGAGAAUUUGAUCUUUCGACAAUCGAACCGAUUGUCGGUACAAAUGAUAAUCUGGAGAAACAAUAUCUAAGGUUAACACAAGCACCUGAUCCAUCGACCGUAAGGCCAUUAGAAGUGUUACGUAAGUCAUUAAAAAUGGUCAAAGAUAAAUGGCGUACCGGUCAGGAUUAUAAUUAUGUUUGUAAUCAACUGAAAUCUAUUCGCCAAGAUAUAACGGUACAAUGUAUUAGGAAUAAUUUCACUGUUGAAGUAUAUGAAACACAUGCACGUAUUGCAUUAGAAAAGGGAGAUCACGGAGAAUUUAAUCAAUGUCAAAGCCAAUUAAAAGUACUGUAUAAAGAAAAAGAAAAUGUUGGUGAUUGUCCUAAUCGUUGUGAAUUCCUUGGCUAUUUAAUUCUCUAUUAUAUUUAUUCGAAAAACGAAAGUGAUCUUCAAAAUAUUUUGCAUGAACUUGAUCGACAUGAUAAACAAGACGAGGUAAUAUCUCAUGCAUUACGUGUACGUAAUGCAUGGUCACUUAAAUUUUAUCAUCAAUUAUUUCGAUUAUAUGAUCGAGCACCAAAAAUGUCUGGCUAUCUGAUGGAUUGGUUCAUUGAAAGAGAGCGUAAAUUAGCAUUAAUGACUAUCAUCAAGUCAUAUCGUCCUACAAUUCCAUUAUCAUUUUUGCGUAAAGAAUUAUCGUUCAAUAAUGAUACCGAUUUUUCAGAAUUUAUAUCCCAAUUUGAUGUUAAAUAUCUUGAACAUCAACCGAAAAAUGCAAUGACUAAAAAAGUAGCUGAUAUUGAUGAUAGGAUAAUUGAUUGCAAAGCAUCACAAACUUCAUUGCUACAGCAACAGCGUCAAUGAUUUGCUUGCGAAAAGAUGAAUGAGGAAAAAAUGAAUUUUAAGAAACAUGGUGAAGGAUGAA